AACUUAAGAAAAAAAGAAAAGCAGAGGAAGAACUUGUGAUUACAGCACCGAAGAAAAGAAAAUGGAUGGUAAAUAGUGCUAUUACGAGAGAAGAGCGUCCUAUCGUCUACUUUGUGGAUCCGACAGAACAGAAUAUCCCGCUUCUUGAAUCGAUAUAUCGGGGUGAAUUCGUAGCGCUACAUGGGCCACGAGCCUCUGGCAAGUCUACACGGAUGCUCCAACUUCAGGACCAAUUGAAUAGCAAAGGCUUUGCUUGCAUUUAUGUGUCUCUUGAACAAGUUAACAUCCAAAAUGUAGACAAAUUCUGGCAUACAUUUGGCACUCAUCUUCAUAUUAACGCUCCCAAACAAAUUGGGCUCGACAGCAUUAAUUCUGCUAAUGAUUUCGAUCUAGCGUUUAAAAAAGAUAGGUGGGAAAAUUCUGUUGUUCUCCUUAUCGACGAGUUUGAUAGGUUAUACUUUGCGACAGACGAUGUUCGCUCUUCGUGUCUAAGUACCCUUCGUGGCAUUAAAAUAACAAAAGAUAGCUAUGCUAUUAAGUCUGUCUUUGCCAUCGGACCUUUUAGUAUCCUGUAUUUAAAGAAUGAUUUUACGGUAUCGCCUUUUAACGUUAAUGAACCGUUUCGGAACCCAAACUUCACUAUGGAACAAGUGGAAUUCCUAUACAAAGAAUUCGUGGACGAAUACAAGUUAACUAUUGACCAGGAGGUAAUCGAAGACAUAUAUACACAAACAAACGGGUAA